UUCAUAGGCACCCCUCUUUGGCGCAAUGGUCCCCCCGAGAAACCAGUACUAUGCAAUGCGUGUGGUUCUCGGUGGAGAACAAAGGGAACGUUGGCAAACUAUUUUCCUCUACAUGCUCGGGCAGAACCUAAUGACUUUGAGGACUAUAAGGUUUUGAAGGUGAAUAACAUAUCUAAGAAUGACAAAGCAAGCAUUCUCAAAAGAAAGCAAGCUAGUCUUAUUUCUGAAUAUGGUGGGGUGACUCCUGAUUGCAACCCGGGAUUCUGCAAAGGGUUCAAUGAAGAUUCAAGCAAUAGAUCAAGUUCCGGCUCUGCUGUAUCAAACUCCGAGAGCUGUGCUCAAUAUGGCACAGCUGAUGCAGGUCCAUCACAGCCUGUAGUGUGGGACACCAUAGUACCUUCAAGAAAGAGAACCUGUGUCAGUCGUUCAAAGCCAUCUCCUGUUGAGAAGCUUACAAAAGAUCUAUAUACCAUAUGGCAUGAACAACAGUCAUCAUGUUUCUCUGGGUCUUCGGAAGAGGAUUUGCUUCUUGAAAGUGACAUACCUAUGGUGUCUGUCGAGAUUGGACAUGGAAGCGUCCUUAUUCAGCAUCCAAGCUCAAUCACUGGACAAGAAGAAUCUGAAGCUAGCUCCCUUUCAAUUAAUAACAAGAUACAGACCAUGAACGAGGCUUAUUCAUGGUUGACGACGCCUCUUCUACGUAGUGAUGACAAGCUUGUUAAUUUUUCAAGUCAGGAAAUUGAGAAAGUCAAGAAGCUUCCU